ACUCACGUCAUGGUGUCGGAGAGGAAUCUUGAUAGCGGAAGCAGCAGCCCGCUAGCCCGAACCGUCCACGACCCCUUCCCUUCACGCGCCGGCUUUUCGACUUUUUGCGCCUGCACCGAGACGAGCCCAUACAAGCACGAAAUAUCGCCAGCAUGCCCGCCCCAACAGCGCUCCAGCGCCGCCCCGAAGAGUCUGCCAACGACAUCGCCAUGACCACGCCGCUGCCCGGCGACGAGCCCACAGAGUCCGCAGACCUGAUCGACAUGGACGCCGUCGCAGACGAAGUCCUGCCCGACACAAACCACGCCGCCACAGACCACACCGCCAUCGUGGUCGACGAGAGCGGGCGCCCACAGUUCGCUCCCUCAAGCAGCAUUCCGCUCGCCUUCCGCCGCGAGACACGAAAGGUGCCCAUCCCGCCGCACAGGAUGACGCCGCUCAAGAGCGCAUGGCCCAAGAUCUACCCGCCCCUGGUCGAGCACCUCCACCUCCAAGUGCGCAUGAACAUCAAAACCCGCUCCGUCGAACUGCGCACCUCCUCGCUCACCACCUCCACCGACGCCCUGCAGAAAGGCGAAGACUUCGUCAAAGCCUUCACGCUCGGUUUUGACGUCGACGAUGCCAUCGCGCUGCUGCGUCUGGACGACCUGUACAUCGAGACCUUCGAGAUCAAAGACGUGAAGACGCUGCAGGGCGAGCAUCUGGGGCGCGCAAUCGGCCGUAUUGCCGGCAAGGACGGCAAGACCAAGUUUGCGAUUGAGAAUGCGAGUCGGACGAGGGUCGUGCUGGCCGAUCAGAAGAUUCACAUCUUGGGCGGGUUCAAGAAUAUUCACAUUGCGCGGACGAGCAUUGUGUCGCUCAUUCUUGGCCAGAACCCGUCGAAGGUCUAUGGAAACCUGAGAACGGUUGCUGGGAGGAUGAAGGAGAGGUUCUAGACGACCAGGGCAAGAAGACGCAGGGUUUUGAGCAUUUCCAGGCGUUUGGGUGGGUGUGGGAUAUCCAGGCACGUUUGCAC